ACCCCCCAUAAUCAAAUGGCCACGUGCCUCCCCUUCCGCGCUAUCCCCCUCAAACCCCACUUCACCCGCCCCGCUAAAAUCACCUGCUCCGCCCCUACCGCCCAAUCGCAGCUCUUCAAGCAACGCCUCCUUAACCUCAUCGGCGACCAGGACCGCGGCCUCAUGACCCAGAACAACCCCACAAAGCUCGCCUCCAUCGUCAAGGCCAUCGACGACCUGGCUGAUCUUGGCCGAGACAGCGUCACCACCGGCGGCUCCCUCUCGGCCACAUGGCGGCUGCUCUGGACCACGGAGAAGGAGCAGCUCUUCAUCAUCCAGAACGCUUCCUUAUUCGGCACUCAAACCGGCGACGUCUUGCAGGUGAUCGAUGUCGGCCAAAGGGUCCUCAACAAUGUCAUCACUUUUCCUCCGGAUGGGGUUUUCUUCGUCCGCUCUGAUAUCGCCGUCGCUUCAAAUCAGAGGGUUAAUUUCAAAUUUACAAGUGCAGUUCUAAGAGGGAAAAGCUGGGAAAUUCCAUUGCCGCCGUUCGGACAGGGCUGGUUUGACACUGUGUACCUUGAUGACGAGAUUCGAGUUGUGAAGGAUAUCCGAGGAGACUAUUUGGUUGUAGAACGUGCUCCCUACACUUGGAAAGAAUGAAGAAGAAAGUUGUUUGCAGUGAUCUCAUUAUUUCUCCUAGUGACACAAUGUGAGUUCACUUAUUCAAAGCCAACCAUCAACGUUUUUUUUCUUCUUCAGAAUGUUACUACUUCCCUUCUCGUGGUACUCCAGAUCUUAUCUUUUUGCUUAACUUUAGUUUUUACCUUAGAGUAUGUUGUACUUUUCAUUGAAUUUUGCAUAUUUCAUCAAUCCACAGCCUUGUCAAUUUCCCA